AUGAUGAAAAAAGUUGCUGUGUCUGCUUUGUGCCUCUUGGGGGUCCUGUGCGUGUGUGCCACUGUGGAGGCUUCCACCUUUGACCUCAUGCGGGAUGCAGCAGUAAUUUGGCAAGGCUCACUGCCCUGCGGGAACUGGGACUGUGAGUGUGUGUUUACACGCCAGCGUGGCUGCUGCUGUGUGGCCAAUCAGUUAUGUGCCCUGGAGGAGACAACCUUUGGGCGCAUGGUGGGAAUCUGGCAAGGCCUGAACCAGCUGGACAGUGACAUCGAGGAGCUCACAGGAGGAAUGAAGGUGGCAUUCACAACAUCCUUGUCACAUGCAGGCUGUUUUGGGCCCUUCACCACUAACGUGCCCAUCCCUUACAAUGUCAUCUCCCUAAACCAAGGCAACGGCUACAACCCCGCCCUAGGUGCCUUCACUGCCCCCCGCACUGGCCUCUACUCCUUCUCCUUCACGGCGUACUCUGACGUGAUUGACGCCACGGCACGGCUGUACCACCAGGUGAGGCUGAUGAAGAACGGCCAGGUGGUGGCCUCCGUGUGGGAGGACAACCGUGAGGACUCAGAGGACAGUGGCACCCAGACGGUGCUUCUAUCCCUGAACCGCGGCUGCCAGGUGUACGUGGAGCUGCAGUCUGGGCGGCAGCUCUGCAAUGAUCUUGCCAACCACAACACCUUCUCCGGGUACCUGGUGUACGCCUUCCCGGAUGCGUGA